AUGCUCCCUGAAAACGCAAUUGGCUUUAUUCUCGUUGCCCUCUGCUGGGGAUUCACGAACCCUUUCAUCAAGAACGGGUCCAAGGGACUCGAGUCGAUCAAGCGCGACUCAUGGAUCCGUCAAGUUGCUGCCGAGUAUUGGUACCUCUUGACACGCUGGCAGUAUGUUGUUCCGCUUGUGCUCAACCUAUGCGGUUCUGUCGUCUACUACCACACACUUGGCAAGGCCGACCUGUCUUUGGCUGUGCCGAUCACCAACUCGCUUACCUUUAUUUUCACUACCCUGGCUGGUAUUCUUUUGGGCGAGAGCAUCGGAUCACCUCGUGAGUUCUGA